UCGAAUACUUGAGCUCGUAAGUAGUGCUGAAGUAAAACUUUGAAAUCACGGACUAGUUUGUCCUGAUAAAUUGCUAACUUCCGUACGGGAGUUUUGCCAAAUUACAAGCUUAACUUCAAGAUGGGAAAGGAAAAAAAUGCUUUGUGAAACAGUUAGAAAAUUCACACAUUCCAGGGAUCGUUUAAUUUGGAGGACCUCUUCUUUCUCGAAUGAAAAAACUUUAUGGAGUAUGGCACUCAGGACAAAAUGGCUUUGUCUUGGCUUAUUGCACUUGUGUUGCUAGCCUACCUUAGGAAGAAAAUAAAUAUGUGGUAAAUGUGUAUUAGUUUUGCGGGAUAAAUGUAUUAAUUAAGUUAAAACGUGCGUUUUGUAAGACAGCGCCGCCAUUCUGUUUUAACAAAGACCAAUCAAUCAUUACGCUGUUAAAAAAAACGUUUCUUUUUAUAUUCGGUAUUUCAGCACCGUUGCAGUACAUGUAAACAAUGCCUGAACCACUGGUCGAGGUAAACGGAUAUAAAUAGCAUUUUUCCUAGAUGAGGUAAUAUAGAAAACGCCCUAUAUAUAAACGUUUGUAACGCGGUCUUUAUGAUCAAUGCCCCUGAGACUUACGGAAGAACAGGUAGAAAAGGCAAUUCUCAACAUGAAAUAUCCGAUCUUCGUUACCAUCGUUUUCAUAGGAAUAUUUCAGUCUCAAGAAGUUUUUGGCUGCGGCGGUGGAAGCAAGCCUAAGCCAAAGCCACCAACACCUGGUGGUAGCAAAUGUUUUGCGCAGAUUUGCUCCAGUAAUCCUUCCAAUCGAAUAAGAGGAACAGAUCGGCAUGGCAGUGGUGCUUUUGGAGCACCGAGGGGGAGUCGUACCCAUAAAGGCGUUGAUAUCGUGUGUGCUGUGGGAUCUCGUGUGUACGCUCCAUUUCCCGCGAGUGUUGUCCGUGGACUUACUGUGUAUAGUGCAUCGAAACAUCGCGGCAAGCCAUACAACACUGGCCUUGAACUUAGGGGAACUGGAGCCUGGACAGGUUAUAAAGUAAAAAUGUUUUAUGUGAGGAAGACAAUCAGCAAUGGAAGAAUCGUGGCUUCAGGGGAUUCCAUUGGCACCAUGACUGACAGGGCAUCUGUGGACCCUGGGAUGACAAACCAUGUUCAUGUGCAGCUCUACAAGGAUGGGGCGAUAGUGAAUCCCACUUCUUUUGUUAACUGUUAGGAAUCUGUUGUUAGGCUAGCUGUAAGGAGUGAUUUUUAGCCUGCAAUAAAUUAGCACAAAUAGUUAUUUCAACAGUGGAGUAGGAAAAUAAAAGUUGUUCAAAUCAAAGAAUCUGACA